GGCAGUUACCACCUGUUAGAGGCAAACAAUGCGUCGUCCACAAUACCGAUAUUUUUACCACGACAUGACACAGAAUUGGUCCGGCAAUCCGGAAGACGCAGGAGUGCAGUCGAGAGUGUGUUAUUGGUAUCACCAAUCCGUAUGAAGACGAGUUGUUCAAUGAGGAAGAACUUCUCAAUACUUACAUCAUCCGGCGUCUCAUCCUUCAUCGUUCUCCAGCACAAAUGGUGCCAAUUCCCGAUAACGAACGGUAGUUCCCUAGCACAGAGGUGACGAAACUUUUGCGAACAGGCUUGCGAGACGGCCGCUGGCAAGCCACGGUACAUACGAGUCCAUGUAUCCAGACCGUCAUCUUGGUUAUAUACCGGAGUCGUUGCCGUCACAUUGUGGAACAUCUUCCCGGCCUGUCGGACGAGCCAUAGUCGUCGACAUAACCCUCCUCUAUAUUUUUACUGCCAUUGACUUCGCCCUCAUCUGGUCGAACAUCCACUGCUCUGUAUUUAUCAACCACGGACAGAAUCUUUGGACAGAAAAUGUGUUUUAUGGGAGUCCUGGGGUAACGACAAUAAUCAGUGCGGGUACAGCAAGCGCCGUCGGCACUAUCCUUGCGGAUUCUACCAUGAUCUGGCGCUGUUGGAUAGUCUGGGGCCGGCAGUGGGUGAUCGUUCUCUUGCCUAUACUUUUCCUUCUUAGCGCAACUGCGUUCAAAAUCAUCGGUGAAUACCAAGACUUCAACAUCUCCAACGGCUACACUUUUGAUUUCGUGCUCUAUUCAUCCUUCCUCCUCGCUACAACUUUGUGGUGCACCUCUCUUAUCGUUUACCGCAUUGUCACUGUAGGAGGCGAGGCAGUGGGGGGUGAAGUGAGAACUGACCGUCACAUCAUCGAGGUCUUGGUCGAGUUGUCGGCUCUUUAUUCGGCAUGCUUAAUCUUAUACGUGGGGUUCUACGCUCGUGAUUCUUACUUGGGACCGUACUUUGAUAUCUUAGCGGGAAGUACAAGGGGAAUUGCCCCGACGCUUCUUGUAGGGCGUGUCGCGGCAGGUCAUGCCCGCCCAGACGACUCUUGGCAGGGAAGCGUCGUAUUGGGUUCGCUCCGCUUUACUUUCGGGACGCACACCAGAGGCCAUGGUUCCACGAUGAGCGACGAUCCUGAAGCUCAGCGGGAGGGAGAUAGCGAGUAUGGCCAUCCCAUCCUCUUAGUGGAAUCCCAGGAAAAUGGUCUCGACGCCCAGCAAGAUAGACCGGAAGACGAUCCAAACACUGUACUCGUUGUAUCAAGGGAUUGACGACGUGAAAAUGUCUUUAUGACUGCAUGCAUUUUUGAUUGCCCUGUGUUCGUUUUGUAUCCUCGUGCUAUCGUUCAUGCUCUACUUCUUUACUGCUAUUGACUUUUAUGCACAUAUUUUAGCCUUUACAAAGGUUUUGGUAUCCUCUUACGUCCUCGUCUUGACGAUGAGGGGUGGGUUCCAGAAGGCUGCCGCACUACGACUCCCCCUGGUUUGUUGCCGACAGCAGAUGCACUGCCUAUGACUGGAGUGCUUCUUCCCGGCAUCCAAAAAAUUAUUAUUGAGGAAAACAUCAGCCUACUGCCGAGGUCGUGAGGGAAUACUCAUGACGGAGCUUUACCAUAGCGG